AUGUCAACAAUGACCAUGACAUCCACCUCUGGCGGAGGUACCGGUAUACCAGGUGGACUAGCUUCACCAUCCGGUUCAUCUCAAUCGCACGCUUCCAAGCGACUCACCAACAGAAUGACCAACCGAUAUUCUGUCAAUGCGAUGUAUUCCCUAGCAGCAGAGCAAGACGUAGAAUUGGAAGAUGAAUUGGCCAGAGCUCAAAAGAGAUUACGUGAUUUGAAAUCUCGCAUUUCAUCUCAAUCCAAGAAGAACUUUGUUCUAGAGAGGGAUGUCCGUUAUUUAGAUUCUAGGAUUGCGUUGUUGAUCCAAAAUAGAAUGGCGGCAGAUGAAAAGAGGGAAGUAGCAGAGACGUUAGAAGAGAUAGAUGAAGAAAGUGGAUUAUGGCCAGAUGAGAGGAAAAUGAAUCAAUAUGCCAAUUUGUUUUUCCUCCUUCAAUCUGAACCACGACAUGUAGCGAGCUUGUGUAGGUUGGUUAGCCUGGCGGAGAUAGAUACGUUGCUGCAGACGGUCAUGUUUACUCUGUAUGGGAAUCAGUAUGAACAGAGGGAAGAACAUUUACUUUUGACUAUGUUCCAGAGUGUACUUUCCGCUCAAUUUGAGACGACCACAGAAUUCGGAUCAUUACUACGAGCCAACACUCCUGUAUCGAGGAUGAUGACCACCUACACGCGUAGAGGUCCAGGUCAAAGUUACUUGAAGAGCGUAUUGGCAGAUAGGAUAAACAGUCUGAUAGAGCAUAAAGAUCUGAACUUGGAGAUCAACCCUCUGAAGGUAUACGAGCAAAUGAUUCAACAGAUAGAAGAAGAUACAGGUACACUUCCACCUUCGCUCCCCCGCGGUGUUCCUCCAGAAGUAGCAGCUGCCAAUGCGGAUGUCCAGGCGAUAAUCGUACCGAGGUUAACAAUGUUGAUGGAGAUCGCGAAUACGUUCCUGGCGACGAUUAUAGAAAGUAUGGAUACGGUACCAUAUGGUAUUAGGUGGAUAUGUAAACAGAUCAGGAGUUUGACCAGGAGAAAAUACCCAGACGCUUCUGACGCCAGUAUCUGCUCCCUGAUCGGCGGCUUCUUCUUCCUCCGAUUUAUCAACCCUGCUAUCGUCACCCCUCAGGCGUACAUGCUGGUAGAUGGAGUGCCUGCUAAACACCCUAGACGGACUCUGACCUUGAUUGCCAAGAUGCUGCAAAAUCUCGCAAACAAGCCAAGUUACGCUAAAGAGCAAUAUAUGAUGUCCCUCAACCCAUUUGUGGAGAACAAUAAAGUUAGGAUGAAUCAGUUCUUGAAUGCCUUGUGUGAAGUAGGAGAUUUCUAUGAAUCAUUGGAGCUCGAUCAGUAUAUGGCUUUGUCGAAGAAGGAUCUGCAGAUCAGCAUCACUCUGAAUGAAUUGUACAACACCCACUCACUGCUCAUGCAGCAUAUGGAGGUGUUGUCGCCAAACGAAAAGCACCACCUGCGUAUACUACUCGAUGAUCUAGGUGCUGCACCGGGGCAAGUCCCACGUAAAGAGAAUCGAUCGAUCGAGCUACCCUUAUACUCUCGAUGGGAAACUCCAAUCCAGGACCUAUCGACAGCCUUGAUGUCAGAUAGUGUAACGCAGAACGACAUCAAUUAUAUGGAAGCUAAAUCCAUUUUCGUCCAAUUACUUCGUUCGAUGCCUCAGUUAGCCGACAAACGACCUAUCGACUUACCAGGGUUAGCCGAACGAGCAGCCACGUCCAAAGAUCCCGUGCUGGUCCGUAGAGGUAUAAAGGUACAAGCUUUGUUGAGUGAGCUGGAAAGUGCUGGCGUAGUGGACGUAGCGGACAAUUACAAGAUUAUUCAAGAUGAAGUAGCAGCCGAGAUGGUACAUCUGGGCAAUGCCAAAGAGAAGGUCGUGCUCGAAACGAGAUCCCUCGAAGCUGUCUAUAAGACCAUAUGCGAUCAUAAUAACUACCUCAGAUCGCAAUUGGAACAAUAUAAAGCGUAUUUGCAAAAUGUCAGAUUGACAAGUUCGAAAGAGAAGGGAGCGAGUUCAGGUGGUGUAGGAGUUGUCACUGUGAAUGGAAAAGAGAAAAAACAAAUCAAGAACCAGGUACUUGGGCCUUAUAGGUUUACACAUACACAAUUUGAGAAAGAGGGAAUUAUCAUGGAAAGCAACGUACCGGAGAAUCGUCGAGUAAAUAUUUACUUCAACAUCACCUCGCCUACUCCCGGAACAUUCAUAAUAGCCCUUCAUUUCAAAGGCAGAGAAAAACCUAUAUUAGAGAUGGAUCUUAAGAUCGAUGAUUUACUGGAAAAGCAAAAAGAUCAACAGGCAAUGUUGGAUUUAGAAUAUGUACAGUUGAACGUACCGAAAGUGUUGGCGUUGUUCAACAAGUUGUUCUCGAAACGAAGAUAA